AUGAAAAUGGAACCAAAUGGUAUAUUCCAGAUUCAUUUAAAAAUGAAGAUUUAUUAAAUUUAAGUAAUAGAAUUGAUGUGUACAUAGAAGAACCUUUUGUGCCAGCAGAGGAAGAAAAAACAACAAAGAAAAUCACGGCCAAAACAACAACAGUCAAAACAACAGCCGAAAAAACAACCGCAAAAACAACAAAAACAAAAACAACAAAAACGUAG